AUGCGCAUCCUCCACCUCGUCCUUCCCAGCAUGCUCAGCAUCCUCGCCGCUGGAGCCCCGGCCCCCGAAGCCAACGCCGAGGCAAACAUCGAAUCCCGCGCCAACCACGUCAGAUUCGGGUACUCGGGCGGCGACACCUGCACUGGUCCCGUGUACCAGUUCGACAGCACAGGUGGCUGUUACCCCGUCUCGUCGCCCGCACGGUCGAUUUAUGUUUAUGAGAAUGUCGGCUGCCAGAUAUCAUCCUGGAGUGGGUUGAACUGCAGGGGGUCCAGCAAGGUCAUCUCGGGGACAGGGUGCACUUCGGUUCUCUUUGGGAGUAUCAAGGUUCAGUGCUGA